CGCGGGGAAGCACUUCCGGGAGCCUGGGGCCCAGGACUGCAGCCGCUUCGGAAGGUGGGCUCUGCCAGCGGGACCAUGCUGCUCCGAGCCGCUUGGAGGCUGGCGGCAGUGGCGGUGACAGCGGCUCCAGGGCCGAAGCCCGCGGCGCCCACUCGGGGGCUGCGCCUGCGCGUUGGAGACCAUGCUCCUCAGUCUGCUGUUACCGCAGAUACAACCUCUGCUCCGGAGGCGGGACCAGUGCUGCGACCUCUCUAUAUGGAUGUACAAGCUACAACUCCUCUGGACCCCCGGGUGCUUGAUGCCAUGCUCCCUUACCUAAUCAACUACUAUGGGAACCCACACUCCCGGACACAUGCAUACGGCUGGGAGAGUGAGGCAGCCAUGGAACGUGCUCGCCAGCAAGUAGCAUCUCUGAUUGGAGCGGAUCCUCGUGAGAUCAUUUUUACUAGUGGUGCUACUGAAUCCAACAACAUAGCAAUUAAGGGGGUGGCCCGAUUCUACAGGUCACGGAAAAAGCACUUGAUCACCACCCAGACAGAACACAAAUGUGUCUUGGACUCCUGCCGUUCACUGGAAGCUGAGGGCUUUCAGGUCACCUACCUCCCAGUGCAGAAGAGUGGGAUCAUUGACCUAAAGGAACUAGAGGCUGCUAUCCAGCCAGAUACUAGCCUGGUCUCAGUCAUGACUGUGAACAAUGAGAUUGGAGUGAAGCAGCCCAUUGCAGAAAUAGGGCAGAUUUGCAGUUCCAGAAAGGUGUAUUUCCAUACUGAUGCAGCCCAGGCUGUUGGAAAAAUCCCACUUAAUGUCAAUGACAUGAAAAUUGAUCUCAUGAGCAUCAGUGGUCACAAAAUCUACGGUCCCAAAGGGGUUGGUGCCAUCUACAUCCGUCGCCGGCCCCGUGUGCGUGUGGAGGCCCUGCAGAGUGGAGGGGGGCAGGAGCGGGGUAUGCGGUCUGGGACAGUGCCCACACCCUUAGUGGUGGGGCUGGGGGCUGCGUGUGAGGUGGCGCAGCAAGAGAUGGAGUAUGACCACAAGCGGAUCUCAAAGUUAGCAGAGCGGCUGAUACAGAAUAUAAUGAAGAGCGUUCCAGAUGUGGUGAUGAAUGGGGACCCUGAGCACCAUUAUCCCGGCUGUAUCAACCUCUCCUUUGCAUAUGUGGAAGGGGAGAGUCUGCUGAUGGCAUUGAAGGACGUUGCCUUAUCCUCAGGGAGUGCCUGCACCUCUGCAUCCCUGGAGCCCUCUUAUGUCCUCAGAGCAAUUGGCACUGAUGAGGAUUUAGCGCACUCUUCUAUCAGGUUUGGAAUUGGCCGCUUCACUACAGAGGAGGAAGUGGACUACACAGUGGAGAAAUGCAUUCAGCAUGUGAAGCGUCUUCGAGAAAUGAGCCCUCUCUGGGAGAUGGUUCAGGAUGGCAUUGACCUCAAGAGCAUCAAGUGGACCCAACACUAGAAGAAUAGGGCCCUGACUUUGUGCUGGUCUGGCCCCUCCUGCCUCACCAACCCAUGCACAACCAGACACCUUGUUAUGCCUAGUGGAUGCUCCAGAUUGGUAUAGACCAGUUGACUUCAGCAUCAGUCCACCUCUAUGACAGAAACACAAGGAAACUGUCUUUUCCUAGCUUCAGCUUCUUGGGUGUGGAGCACUCCCCAUUUCUUCUCAGGUCUUACAGUGUGUGGACAUUUUCAUCCUGAAGCCAUAGAGACAUUUGUUAUAUUGCUGCUUGACACAUCUGUGCUCUUGGUGAGGAGAGCAAGAGGAACCAGAAGUCUCUGGUCAGGGACCAUGAUGCUCUACAUGGACAUUUGAGUCUUCGUCUUCGUCUUCUGCUGCUGCUCGGCUGGACCAGCUUCUUUAACAGCAAGCAUAAUCCACUUCAAUUUAGUAUUUUCUGUAGCUCCAAAGGGUAUCUCUUCAUAUUGACUGCAGUCAGACGGAACGGACAGUUUCUUAGAGGGCUUGUCUCCUUUCUACCCUUGUCCUCUUUCCUUUCCUUUGACCUAAUGGAGCUGGAAAUAUGUCUAUGACUCCACCAGUUAUUCUAAUAAUUUGUUUCCUUGAAAAUUGUUAAUUUCAAGACUGGAAAAAUAAACUCACCUUCUAUUUAC